CCGGGCAGGAGCUAAUUUUGUGUCAAUUGCAGUGGUUUACUGAAUCUUCAGCGUUCUACACAGUGAAUAUUAUUUUUAUUCGAUAAAAAUGGGGCGCAACCGAAAAUCAAAUCCAUUUGCCGCAAAGAAACGCCAAAAGCGUGAAAACCAGGGAGUGGAUCCACGCCCGGUGCGUCAGGAACCGUACGAAGAUAUCAAACGUGAUAAUGCUGCCUUCAUUAAGUACUAUCAGUUGCAAAAUAUCUGCGCCCAUGAGGCUGACUGGGAGCAAUUCCUAGCCAAAAUACGUGAUAACUUACCAGUUACAUUUCGUGUGACCGGCUUUCGUGGAGAAGCCAAGGCUUUGCUGAACAUUAUCGAAAGUGAGUUGUUUGCCGACUAUGUGGAAAGCGUCGCCGAACUGCAUGGUGUUCCUAAAGAGGAAGUAAAACGUCCGUUGCCACUACCUUGGUAUCCAGAUGGGUUCGCCUAUCAGCUGCAGCUGACACGCAAAGAUAUACGCCGCUCAGAACCGCUAUUCCGUUUGCACAAUUUCUUAAUAACGGAAACAAAUGCUGGUAGCAUAAGUCGCCAAGAAGCGGUGUCAAUGAUACCACCACUAGUAUUGGAUGUACAACCUACCGACAAGGUGCUGGAUAUGUGUGCCGCGCCUGGCUCAAAGACAGCGCAACUAAUUGAGGCGCUGCAUAGUGCGCCGGAGAAGCAUAAAAUACCACCGGGCUUUGUGGUUGCCAAUGAUGUAGAUAAUAAUCGCUGUUAUAUGUUGGUGCACCAAGCGAAAAGGCUUAAUUCACCUUGUUUCGUGGUGACCAAUCAUGAUAGCAGUUUCUUUCCUAAUUUACUGGAAAGUAAAGCAGAUGGUAGUAAAUCAAUAUUGAAAUUCGAUAAGAUUUUAUGCGAUGUUCCAUGCUCUGGUGAUGGCACGCUACGCAAGAAUCCUGACAUUUGGACCAAAUGGAAUUUAGCACAGGCCUACAAUUUGCAUGGUAUUCAGUAUCGUAUUACACGUCGUGGCGCUGAAAUGCUCAGCGUUGGCGGCCGCUUAGUCUACUCGACCUGCUCCUUAAAUCCUAUUGAAAAUGAGGCUGUGUUGCAACGUAUUAUUGCUGAUGCAGAUGGCGCUUUAGAGAUUGUAGAUGCUUCGCAUUUAGUGCCAGGAUUAAAAUAUAAGCCUGGUAUGACCAGUUGGAAGUUGGCAACAAAGGAAGUUGACCAAAUAUUUACAAGUUUCGAUGAGGUGCCUGAAAAGUAUCACACUAUCAUUAGACCUAAUAUGUUUCCGCUGCCACAGGAGCAGAUGGAAAAAAUCGGUUUAGAAAAAUGCAUACGCGUGCUUCCCCACCUUCAAGACUCUGGUGGUUUCUUUGUCGCUGUCAUUGAAAAACGUCGUCAAUUACCUUUCGAGAAGAACGAUUUACAGUCGCUGCUCGAAAAGCCCAAACCCGAGGUGAAAUUAGAUGAAAAUGGUCAACCUAUCGAGGAAAAAUCUGUGCCAUGGGGACCACAGCGAAAGCGCCGUCGUCUACAUGGCUACAAAGAAGAUCCUUACAUAUUCUUCGAGGAGCAGGACGCCGAUUGGGAUGAGCUCAAAUCAUUCUUUGCUCUCGAUGAUACGCUAAAUAAACGUUGCCUGCUCACACGCUGCGUCACCGAUAAGAAAAAGAAUAUCUACUACUGCUCAGAGCCUAUACGUGAUAUGGUUUUGUUAAAUGAGGAUACCAUAAAAAUCAUUAACACAGGCGUGAAAACUUUUGUACGCUGCGAGAAUCGUCACACGAUGCAUCCGUUCCGCUUGGCUCAAGAAGGUCUGCAGACAUCAAACGCAUUUAUGGGCGCUAUACGCCGCAUAGAAAUCUCAAGGGAAGAUUUGAUUUUACUGCUCAAUUGUACGGAUCCCACUAAGCCACCUUCAACGCUGCAGUUGGCACCGGAAACUCAAGAGCGUUGCAAAGAAUUGGGUGUUGGCAGCUGUAUAUUGAAAUACGAGGAUCCACGUUUCACAUUAUUCCUUGUGGGUUGGCGCGGUUCUUCUAGCUUGCGCGCCUAUGUGGACACCAAUGAGACAGUGCAUGUAUUGCGUCUAUUGGGUGCCGAUAUAAGCAAGUUUGAAGUCAACAAAUAUGAAAAAGCUAAAGAGGCUGCGGCUGCCGCAGCGGCGGCGGCUAUUACGGCUGCUGAGGCGCCAAAGGCUGAUGUGCCUGCUGACGAGAAGGAAAUGGCUCUGGAUGAGCAGGAGGAAAUCGCUGUGACUUCAACUGAGACAACCAAUGAUGUGGACGUAGCGCCAGUCGCUGAAUAAUUCAAUUAGCUAGCGUACAAUUUAAAUAUUAUUAUUGUUAACCUUUUGUUACGAUAUAGAUUUUUUUUUUUGUAAAAUAACACAAUGAUACACUCAUUUGUGUAUGCAUUAGUUAAAAGAAAAAUUCUUGUUUGAAAUGCAAAUUUGUUGUAUAUGGACCGCCGAUUAAAAGCCCAUUGCACACCCUCUACAAUCGGGUAUAGGCAACCUUAACGUACCAGA